GUCAAAUAAACGUAACCGCCAUUAUGAAUGUAGGUUUUAAUAAGUGAACUAAAAUAAUGGCUGUAAAGGCGCAAACAAUGAGCUGGGAAGAUUUGCGAAAGCAAGCUCGGCAUUUAGAAAACCAUGUGGAUUUAAAAUUGGUAGCUUUUUCUAAAAUGGGGAUAUCUUCCCCUGGGUGCUUAUCCUCUGGAGGAAGCGAUAAAUCACCCCUGCUCGUAGAACAUAUUUGUGAUAAUAUGGCUAUGGAAAUCGACGGAAUGUUGGAUAAGCAUAACUUGUUAUGGAUUGAGUAUAAAUACCAGUUAACUGAUACCUAGGCCUGACCCUAACAUAUGUGGUUCUGGGAACGCUUUAAUAUGUGCAAUCUCAUCAUUGCCUGUAGAUAAAACAUAUUCCGCUUGCGGUUCUCUAAUAACGCCAGAAAUAUAAAAAAUUACAGGAAUGUUACCAAAGUAUUUUCCAAAAAAAACACUGCUGAAAAAAAUGAAGUACAUUUUAUUUCCAGCAUAAGAUAAAGCACAGUUAUAUAAAUGCAAAUCAAAGUGAUAACAUGGUGAUAACAUGCUUGAGUUAGGAGAACAAAUCAGGAAUAUUGAUUAUCAGGUUGAUUUCAAGGCUUUUGAAUAAGUAUUAUCAAUGCUAAAAAAGUUACCUGAGCCUAGUAAUGCAUCCCCAUGAUAAAAUAAAAUCAAUGGAAGGUAAAGAAGGGCAGCAAUUACAACAGAAUCAAAAUGAGCCUUUAACAAGACUACAAAACAAUGGCAAUAAACUUAAUAAAAAAAGAUGAAAUUAGGUAUGAUGUGGUAUCACCAGGUUAUUUUUUUAACUGUUACGUCUACUGAUGUGUUCAACGUUGCAAAAUAACAUGCUUAAGGCUUUUGAAUAAAUAUUAUUAUUGCUAAAAAAAGUUACCUGAGCCUAGUAAUGCAUCCCCAUGAUAAAAUAAAAUCAAUGGAAGAGAUAAAGAAGGACAGCAAUUACAACAGAAUCAAAAUGAGACUUUAACAAGACUACAAAACAAUGGCAAUAAACUUAAUAAAAAAAGAUGAAAUUAGGUAUGAUGUGGUACAACCAGGUUAUUUUUUUAACUGUUACAUCUACUGAUGUGUUCAAUGUUGCAAAAUAACAUGCUUAAGGCUUUUGAAUAAGUAUUUUCAAUGCUAAAAAAUUUACCUGAGCCUAGUAAUGCAUCGCCAUGAUAAAAUAAAAUCAAUUGUAGGUAAAUAAGACAGCAAU